GAGAAAGAAGAGAUUAAAUAAACAAAUAAACAAAGAAAAACAAGAAAAAACAACCCUAUUUUGUGUUCGAGCAAGCAAUGGAUCCGGGCAAGAUUUUCCAAAUUAUAACCAACAGUACUUUGCUUGCCACAAGAUUAAUCAGCGGGCCUGGCGUGGGGUCGCUCGGGUUCACGGAGCCCCGCUACUGCGCCGUGCUCGCGGAGGACGCUCCCCUGGCGGCCGUCGUCACCACCGUCACGGCGAUUCACAAAUAUGGCGAAGAGGUCCGCUACAGCAUCACAGGAGGCAACAGAGACGGCCUCUUCACCAUCGACCAGCACUCGGGGACCAUCACCCUGGCUGCUCCUCUCGACUAUGAACUGCAUGAUAGGCACGAACUAGUAAUCGCAGGGGAGGCGGCCGGGCAAGAGGGUCACGCCAUUGUGCAAGUUCGGGUCGCGGAUGUGAACGACAACGCCCCUCUCUUCGUGACCCCUGACCCCCAGGUCACUGUCAUCGAGGAGGAUGACCGUCACCUGCCGGCUACUAUUCUCAAAGUAGGAGCCCGUGACAGGGACAAGCUAGACAUCCAGGGGCUUCUUUACACCGUUGAAGGAGACGGAGUAGAUGGCCUGCAUCCAACGAGGACUUUUUUCUCGAUCAACUCUCAAACGGGAGACCUCGUGUUGCUCCGACCCCUAGACCGCGACCCCCCUCGGGGCAAGGGCGUGUGGAGACUGAAGGUGCAGGUCCGCGACGGCCAAUCCCUUUGGCGUCGACAGGCCGUCCGCGCCCACAGCCCUCCCUCCCCCCCAAGAUACCCCAGAGCACACGACGGCGUAAAGAGAGACGACCCGGAGCCAAUUCCCGCGACAGGAGGACAGAAAGGACAUCCUGCUGGUGCUACUAACUCUUCUUCUCCCUCGACCGUCGGCGGAGGAUGCGAGGACCUUAGCACCUUCGGAGGCACGCAGAAGGAGGGAGGCGUAGACGGCGUGUCUCGGGGAGGAAGACGCGUGCAUUUGGUGGAGACGCAAGUCACGGUGUUGGUGAAGGACAUCAACGAUAACCCGCCGGUAUUCCCCAAUGCCACUAUGUUCGGGGAGGUGCAAGAGAACGGGCCUAUUGCAACAGCAAAAGCAAUAUUGGAUGUACUAUCAGAAGAUCUGUCUGUGAUUUCGUCCGUUUUCCUUUUCUUUACAAAGCACACCAGCACGAAAAUAUCUCCACUUGGUGACAACCGCGUGAGGCAGGAACAAAGGUUUCGCAUUUGGCGCCUGAUAACAAGUCUGACCUCGUCACUGACCAAUAUAAAGAUUCUGGCAGUCCAGGCUCUCAUGGGUCAGAUCAAUACUUAG